UUGGCGAACAAGUUUGGAGGAGGAGUUGUAUUCUUUAACUAAGGGAACCUUCCUACUAAAUUUCCACUUCUUUCACUACUUGUUAUAUCCUGAGCGCAGUGGAGUCUCAAAUUUGAAACAAUGAGUUAUAACCAUCACCAUGUUUCUCAUCAGCCCCUAGCCCCCUCAGGGCCCUAUCCUCCACCAGGGCCAGACUUCCCUCCUCCGCCAACUCCAGUUGGUUAUAACCGUACUCAUCGUUCGCCCUCACCACCACAACCAGGCUAUCAAGGUUACUGUUAUGAGGGCUACCCUUCAUCAUCACCUGGACUGCUUCCUCCACGCGUGCCUCCUAGGAAUGAAUACACUCACAAUGGUUGCACUUCCUUCCUGACGGGGUGUUUGGCUACUCUUUGCUGCUGCUGCUUAUUGGAGGACUGCGUCUUUUAACCAUUAUCUGUCUGGAUUGAUAAUUUUAGGUUACGAUUAUUGUCAACCGGUGGAAUGGGUUCUACUUCGAAACUCUUUUAUAUAAUUAUGGUAAUGCUUUGGUGGAUGGAUUUCUUUUGGUCGUGAAAAGCUUACGAGUAUAACCUAUAAAGGCUGGCAGAGAAGAGAACCUAGAAACCAGUUCUGUAUACCAUAUCAUGGAUAUUUAAAAUAAUUUUGAAUAAUUAUACAUAAAAUAUAAAUAUUUUUAGAA